AUGGCGCACCUUGCCCGUCGGCUCUUCACAACAACAUCUCGCAAACAAGCCUCGGCAUCCGAAGCAUGUGACGAGCUCCUCACUCGCUUCCAGCAAGGCCCAGUCUCCAUCCGGAAACAACUCCUGGAUGCAAACCAACUUCAGCUUCUCAGCAUAACACUCAAUCGCACGCCUUCGUCGUUCAAUCCACCGCCAAAUGGGACGCCCGUUCCACCAGGAUACCAUCUCAUUUAUUUCACCCCCUCCAUUAUCGAAGCUGAGCUAGGCUUGGAUGGCACCGAUAGGACGGUCAAUCCGCUUAGCCCAUUUACACGCCGAAUGUGGGCAGGAGGCGAGCUGGAGUGGGCACAACACCGCAAUGCGUUUUUGAGGGUAGGACAAGAAGUCCGCGAGACGACCAAACUUGUCAGCGCAGAGCCCAAGAAACUGAAGAACGGCGGAGAAAUGCUCGUUGUGGGGGUUGAAAAGACGUUUUCAAACCACCAUGGCAUCGCUUUGACUGAUCGUCGUAACUGGGUUUUCCAGCGAGAACUCACGCCAGAGAAUGCGAUAAAAGCGCCGCCUAGGCCAGAAGAAAAGCAGCUGCCGACGGGCCAGUACCAACGAGAUUUUUGCCAGACGCCAACUUCGUUGUUUCGCUUCUCUGCUUUGACUUUCAACGCGCACAAGAUACACUAUUUGCCUGAGUGGUGUAGAGAGGUGGAAGGUCACAGAGAUGCUGUUGUGCAUGGACCGCUCAAUCUGAUCAACAUGCUAGACUUUUGGAGGGAUACCGUUAGGAAUGGCGAUAUGGAAGCAGUUCCAAAGUCAAUAGCAUACCGCGCCAUGAGCCCACUGUACGUCGGGGAACCAUACCGCAUUCUGUUAAAUGAAAGCCCUGCACACCAUGACGGUGAACGAGGCACUCAAGAGUGGAACGCAGAAAUCUGGGAUAGCUUCGGCAAGCAGAGUAUGAAAGGAACAAUACUUUAG